UCCAUUUCCGCAGGUCCCUGCUCAGGAUGAAGUCCUGGGGGCCCCUGCUGCCGCAGCUUCUGCUGAGCUUCCUGCCCCAGGGCCCGGGGGCUCAGGCCCAGCCCGGGGACUGCUUCCAGGUGGGCCCUUGCAAGUGCCUCCUGCGGGGGAGUCGCCAAGAGAUCAAUCUGGCCGCCGUGGGGGCCCUGACGGUGCCCUUGGCCCCUGACGACGAGUCUGGGGGGUACGUUCAGUUCAGCCCUUGCCAGCCUUUCAGCGAACCCGCUAACCUCCCCUCCACUGACUGUGUGCAGGUGGCUGCCUGUGUGAGUCUCAGGCAGGCAGGUACGGGGAACCUGCACCACACUGCCUAUGGCAGGCACCAGAGGAGCCAAUGUCGGUACAACAACAGCACCCGAGUCUUGACGGUCACGUACCCUGCCCGGCCUAGCAGCUCCCUGAAUACCCUGGCCCACUUUAACUGCAGCCCCGUGAGGACUGUGGCCUAUGUAUCCCUCCUGCCCACCCAACUGGAGGUCUUCAUCCAGAAUCCCUGUGCUUGCCCAGACCACUGCCUACUCUGGAGCCCAGGACCCAGCUCCCUCCUCGCCAUCUCCUUCCUUGUGACCCUUGGCAUCUACCUCCUCUGGGGUAUCUGUGGGCUGCCUGCGGUCCCCAGCCAGAGAGGAAGCCAGCUCAUCCCUCCAGACCGGUUCUGGUGCAGCCCCUGUUCCUCUUGUCUUGGGAAGCCAGAAGAUGACAAAGAAAACAUCCCCCUUCGGGGUCUCUGCUCUGGAACUUAGACCACAUUGGGACCUCCCUGGUCUAGGUCUCCACUGCUGGUCAGGAGCCAAGUGUGUGGGCUGUGGUUGAGGGGAGGGGAUGGGCAACUAGAUGCUCCUGACUUUCAACUGUAUUCCUUUUUGUGCCUCACUUCUAGGGAUACUGAGCUUGAAGAGGGAGGGACUUCAAGUACAGUCAAAAGCAAGAUGAGAAUGGGGUGGGGGGAACAAAGAGUGCAAAUUAGGGCGGAGCGAUCUCACUGUUGCACAGUGGUAAGUCAUGUCUGGAAGGACUUCCAGCCUUGACAAGGAAAGAACCCACACAUCUCAAACCCAGAACAACUUACAAGCUGCUUAUUAAACUUGCCUAUGGCUCUGA